CUCUGUGAGAUAUAAAUUAAAAGUAAGCCUUUUCGAUGUCAGUUUAGUAUUUCAACAAAAUUCAGAUAUGAACAAUUUACGAAAUCUUCGAGUUGGUAGAGCUCCGAUCGGCCAAUGGUUGCGUUGCUAUACCAAAGGAUGUGAUGAAUCCAAGAAAUGUACUAAGCUCCGAUCAAAAUCUAUGUGCGGAGACCAACCAAAGAAAAACCAACAUAAGGCAAAUCCAAAAAAGGCAGACCAACCAAAGGGAGACCAACAAAAGAAGGCCAAUAAAAAAGAAACCAGUAACGAAGUAAGAAAGAUAACUUUGAUCGAGGGACAGGGUGUGGGAUGUGAGUUGAUUCAAUCGCUGAAGACGGUGUUUGAUGCUGCCAAAGUCCCUAUCGAAUGGGAAUCCUUCCCAGACGAACCAAGCAGCCAUAAGGUCUCAAAGGAGCUCUUAGACUCAUUGAGACGAAAUAAAGUCGGAAUCAAAGGCCCAAUCGAGGAUCCGCUAUGGAUGAAAGAUCUGCGCAAACAGUUCGAUCUCUUUGCCUACACCGCCGUUUGCCGCAACAUGGAGGGUCAAGAUAAUCCUUAUGGUAAAUUAAAUUGCGUUAUUAUACGCGAUAUGAUGGAGGGCGAGUAUUCGGGCAUUGAGCACGAUGUCGUCCCAGGAGUUCUGCAGUCUAUCAAAAUAAGCACUGCUGCCGGAGCGGAACGCAUUGCGAAGUACGUAUUUGAUUAUGCGAACGAAUUCGAUCGUAAAAAAAUCACCGUGGCUCACAAGGCAAACAUAAUGCGGAUGACCGACGGAAACUUCUUGAAGCAUAUGCGAAAGGAGGCAAUCAAACACAUGCCAGAUCGACUUUUCGAGGAGCGUUACAUGGACACAGCUUGCUUAAAUCUCAUCAUGAAGCCGGAAACCAACGAUGUGCUCGUAUCGUCCAGUAUGUAUGGCGAUGUACUAGUUAUGAUGGCUUCAAGCAUCACGGGUAGCAAAGCAAUGUGCCCCGGAUACGGUGUCAGUCCCCAUGGACGUCUCUACGACACUCUAAAUAAGGUGGGCGAAGAGGUGGCUGGCAAAGAUCAAAUUAAUCCUACUGGCAUGCUUUUCUCCGGAGUUCUUAUGCUACGCAGAAUUGGCCUUAUCGAUCAGGCAAUGUCUAUAUCCUGUGCUAUCAAAAGUGUUUACAAGGACACAGAUAUGCGCACUAAAGAUAUUGGUGGAAAGGCCAAGUGUUCUGAAUUCACUAAGGCCGUGUGUGAUUUUAUUGCAAAACAGUAGCGAUAUAUGAAUGUCGGACCGAAAGAAGUUUUAAUUGAUAUUCGCAUUUCAUUCAUUUUAGAUAUUAAUCAAAAUUUCUUUCAAUAAAAUUUAAUAAUGUA